AUGCAUAUAUAAAAGCUUAAAAACACCCAUUUCUACUUGGCUGGCUCCUUUGUGUUUAUCUCCACUGAAUUCUGAAGCAGAGCUUCAUAACUCAAUCAAAAACAUCUCCUCGUUAAGGAGAUCCGUACAGAAAACCAUGGUUGACAUACUCACUUCCUUGAGGUCUCUCAUGGCUUCUCACUCUCCCGCUCUCGAUGCCUUAGUUGUUCCCUCUGAGGAUUAUCAUCAGAGCGAGUACGUGUCUGCGCGGGACGAGCGGCGGGAAUUUGUUUCUGGAUUCUCUGGAAGCGCAGGUUUGGCGCUUAUUACAAUGAAUGAAGCGUGGCUAUGGACGGAUGGAAGAUAUUUCUUGCAGGCAACACGACAACUCAGUGAUCAGUGGACACUCAUGCGUAUAGGAGAAGACCCUCCAGUGGAUACAUGGAUGGCUGAUAAUCUACCGGCGCAUGCGGCUGUUGGUAUUGAUCCAUGGUGCAUAUCAGUAGAUACUGCACAAAGAUGGGAGUGUGCUUUUGCUGAAAAGCAGCAGAAGCUGAUUCAAACUACAACCAAUUUGGUAGAUGAGGUCUGGAAAAAUCGACCCCCAGCAGAAACAAAUCCGAUUAUUAUCCAUCCAUUGGAAUAUACAGGUCGUUCAGUUGCAGACAAGUUGAUGGAUCUGAGAGAAAAGUUCAAACAUGAGAAAGCUCGUGGUAUGAUCAUUACAACACUUGAUGAGGUUGCUUGGUUGUAUAAUAUUCGUGGAAAUGAUGUAUCCUAUUGUCCGGUUGUUCAUGCGUUUGCUAUAGUAACAUCCAACUCAGCCUUCCUUUAUGUGGACAAAAGGAAGGUCUCUGCUGAGGUAAACUCUUAUAUCGAGGAGAAUGGAAUUGAAGUUCGGGAGUACACUGCAGUGAGCUCAGAUGUGCUCUUGCUUGCAUCUAAUCAGCUUGACUCAACAUCUGUAGUCAAAGGAGCUCAUUCUGAGUUAAUAAAGGACGUAAAAAUCGAUUCUAAUCAGAUUGGCAUUGUAGGACAUGAUAAAGCUGAAUCAGAAGGCAAUAAAGCUGAGCUAAUAUGGGUUGACCCUGGUUCAUGCUGCUAUGCUUUAUAUUCAAAGUUGAAUUCUAAGGAAGUGCUCCUGAAGCAAUCACCUCUGGCCCUUGCAAAAGCUUUAAAGAACCCUGUUGAGUUGGAGGGCUUGAAAAAGGCACACAUUCGUGAUGGUGCAGCUGUUGUGCAAUAUCUUGUCUGGUUGGAUAAGCAGAUGCAGGAGAUUUAUGGGGCCUCUGGUUACUUCUUGGAGUUGGAGAGUGCAAACAAGAAAAAGGACUUGGAAACUAAAAAGCUGACAGAGGUGACUGUAAGUGAUAAGCUGGAAGGUUUUCGAGCAUCAAAAGAGCAUUUUAGAGGGUUAAGUUUCCCUACAAUUUCAUCAGUGGGUCCAAAUGGUGCUAUCAUCCACUAUUCUCCAAAGGCUGAAACGUGUGCUGAGCUUGAUCCAAAUAGCAUCUAUCUUUUUGAUUCAGGAGCUCAGUAUCUGGAUGGAACAACUGAUAUAACUCGCACAGUCCAUUUUGGAAAAGCAUCAGCACAUGAGAAAGCAUGCUAUACUGCGGUUCUUAAGGGUCACAUUGCCCUCGGUAAUGCCCGGUUUCCCAAUGGGACUAAUGGUCAUGUCCUUGACAUCCUUGCUCGAAUCCCUUUGUGGAAGGAUGGUCUUGAUUAUAGGCAUGGUACUGGUCAUGGAAUUGGGUCAUAUCUAAAUGUUCACGAAGGGCCCCAUUUGAUUAGUUUCAGGCCACAGGCUCGUAAUGUGCCGCUACAAGCUUCCAUGACUGUAACAGAUGAACCUGGAUACUAUGAAGAUGGGAACUUUGGUAUAAGAUUGGAGAAUGUGCUUAUUGUUAAGGAAGGAAAUACAAAAUUCAAUUUUGGUGACAAAGGCUACUUAUCAUUUGAGCACAUAACAUGGACUUUGGAUAUGAAUUCCAGCAUGAAAGAACUCAAAACGAGUCCAAGCACCGUAUCAGACAAAGUUAAUUGAUGUGAGCCUCCUAAUGCCCGAUGAGAUUGAUUGGCUGGACACCUAUCAUUCAAGAUGUAGGGACGUUCUGGCUCCAUAUUUGGAUGAAUCUGAGAAGGCGUGGCUGAAGAAAGCUACUGAACCCAUAGGUGUGUGACAUCUUUGCUUCGAGUAGCAGAAAUCCCUUCCUUCUUUGCCCCUUCUCUCUGUGCAAAGGAAAAAUAAAGAGAAGAAAGACUGAUACUUCAGCUUGUUAUUUGCGGAUUGAACUUCAUGUGCAUAUUGCUAUGUUAGUUUUACAAGUGCCAUUAAUUGUAUCUAUGAAUUAUGUAUUAGUACAUAUGCCUGAGUUCUGCAAGUUACUCAUUUUAUUUAUGUCAUAUGUUCUGAUCUUGCAAA